UAAGAAAAAACAUAGAAAGAAAGCAAGACACGUCAUUAUCUAGUGGAUGUCAUGUUCUUAAUUUUUUAUCUGAUCGAUUCUGUCAUCUUUUUUUUUUUUUUUUGAAACACAUCGAUUCUGUCAUCUUACCCUGACUUUUUCUCACUAGAAACAAUAUAAUUAUUUAUUUCACCUAGAAAGAAACAUUAUAUAUGUAUAUUUUACCAAACACUUUAUUUGGAAAGAACACUGUUUUAUCGUUUUCUGAGCAUGUAACACGCCUGAAUUUGUUGGUCAUCGGCAAUUAUCAUCAGAGAGCGUGAUUGGGAAACAACAGAGUAAAUGACAGUAACUAAAGUAGAGUAAAAUCUGUAAGUUGUGAUUGGUAAAAAUAAAUGGAAAUGGAGUAAAUGAAAAAGUGGAAAUCAGCUAGAAACAAAACAGAUAGUAAGAGAAAAGAGAAUAAGGAACUCGAAUAAAUGUAUUUCUCUAGUAAAUGUUAAAUGUUAGAAUGUGUUUUUUUUUCUGUUUCUACAGUAAUUGGCUGAAAGAAAAAAUGUGGAGCUGUGAUGGACCCGUCUGAUACUGUGCAGCAAUACUAGAUGAAGAAGAUGUACGAGGUGAUCGGACCGGUGUGGGAACUGGAACCGCAACAUGACCUAACUAGGCCGCAAAGGCGAGGAUUUGAAAUUUCUAUCCUAUUUUGUAGUGACUAGGAACACCGCAUAUGAAGUUUUAGUAUCCCGGUUUUGUUAGACUGGUAGUAUUAGAUCCGGUUUGAUAUCUAGCUAAUGGUUUAGACGGUUCACACAGCUUCAAAUCAUUGUGAGCGACGUCGUGAAAACCGUUAUUGUAUUCAAAACCCAAAGAUUCUCCGACUUGAAAAGUUCUUGAAGAAACCCAUGCUUUGUCAUUAACACCCAUCAUGGUCCAUCCACUCGAGUCUCCCACGUUGUGUACAGUUCCUCCAACGGCAACUCCAAAGAGAGCGAGAAGAAUCAUCAAAGAAGUGAAGAAGGUGUUGCUCUUAAUCAAAGCCAUGAUCGAUGUUUUGUUUCUUUCUUUUUCUGGAACAAAAGAUCAAUUGAUGUGAAGGACAACGAGUUUGAGAGAGAUUUAUUGAAGUUUUUGAGUAUGGAAAUUAAGAGGGAUGCUAAAAGCCUCAUCAUCUCUAUUCCAUAAUUUAUUCCAUAAUUUAUUUUAAAAAUAGAGUGAAGUAGAAUAUAAACAUAAAAUAAAUAUUGUUAUAUAAAUGAAUUGAUUUUUUAUUUUUUUGUUCAUAUUCUAUUUUCCACUUUUUUUUUAGAGUAAAUUACGAAGUGAGUAUGGAGAUAAUUUAUAAGAGUGUUUAUAUAGAGGAUUUGGUGCACAGCUAAUCGUAGUAAUCUUUUUUCCUUUAGUGAUUAGAUAACUUAAUUUUUCCUUUUCUUCAAUUCAUUCCGGAUUGAAAAAUCCAAAAUCUAAUCCUAUAAGUUUUGAGAACUUUGAAGUUAUCCAUAGUAAAUUAUACUCAUGUAUAUUGUAUAUUUAAUCGAAUAUAAAAUUUAAAAGAUACCAAAUUAUUGUAAUAGUUAAAAGUAUGAGAAAAUUUAAAACAAGAUAUCUCUAUAAUUAAAAUUUAGAUAUUAUAUAUAUAUAUAUAUUAGUUAUGAUAUAUUACUUUAAUUAACAUAGAUUGAAAGAGAAUAAAAUAUAUUCAGAAUAAAUUUUAAAAUAUUUUCUAAUAAAAUAUGUCAAAAACUAAUAUUAUGAUUAUGAUAUUUUUUAUAAUUAGACUCCCUAAGUUAAGAAUAUUCCAACACUAAAAAUAAAAAAAUAAAAUGAUAGAUAAGUAAUACUAGAACAAAUAUAAAAUUCAAAACAGAUGGUGUUAUUCAAUCAUGUAUUUUAAUAGAGUUUAAAUCUAAACAUAAUUAAUUGUUAUUCAAAUGAUGAUUUUAAAUUUUAUUGUAAAAUCCAGUGUUAUUUAAUGAAAUUGAAUCCAAAUUUUAAAAUCUAGUGUUAUUCAAUUUUCAAAGAUUUUAAAAUUCUUUGUAUUGUAAUUUGAUUUCAAAUCAUCUCUUCUGGAUUCUCUUGAACAAAUGAUUUAAUUCAAAAUUCAAGGUAUUUUGCAGAGAAUUUAGAAUUAUCAACUUAAACUAUCUUAAAAUUUUAAAAUUUGAUAGAUUACAAAACAUUAAUGAUUGAUUUUAAAUCAGUCAUUGAAUAACACCUCCUUAUGACUGUAAAUAGUUACAACUAGGUGAAAAGGUCAGAAAUCUCAAUAAUUUAUUUUUAAAAAUUAUUAUGCAUAUUUUUCCAAAAAUUAAAGAUUUUACAUCAUAUAACUAGAAAUAUAAUAACUAACUGUUAAACUGUUACAUGUAAUUUUAUUAAAACCAUACAAAUUUUAUCACAUUUUUUUAUAAGCAUAUAAACUUUUGUGGUUUUUGCUCCUUAAUAUUUUUAGUUUUCUGGAAUUUAAAAAUAUAUAGAUAGUAAGUUUUAAAUAAUUAAUAACAAUAAGUAUAUACACACAUAUCUUGGUUAAAAUUUUAAACAUGUAACAAUCUAGUUGAUAAUUAAUGAUUACAUAUAUAUUACUUCCUUAAAAUUAUUAAAUUUAAUAAAAUUUUUAAUUUUUUUAUUUAAUUAGCACACUUUAUAAGCAUAAUACAAGAUAAAUUCACAUUCUUUUUAAAUAGGACUACUAAACAAGUUAAAGGACAUCCAUUGGUUAAGAAAACCAUGAAGAUACAGACAUCUCUCAUGUGCAUAUUCAUCAUCUCCCUAUUUACUUUGCAUCAGUGUGCAAGGAUCUAUAUUAGAGAAAUGGAUAAAUCUAACAUAAUCAUAGACUCAAAUUGCUAUCAUACAAAUUGGUUUAACAAAAGGGGUUGGUGUUGUACAGCCUUAAAAGGUGAUCCAUGUUGGGGCGACAAAGCCUCCUGUGAUUCAACAUGUCCUCGUCCUCUUUCUUCUUCUCCUUAAAACAAUAUAUAAUAAAAUUAAUGUAUUAAUUUGUUUAUGCAUGAAAGUAAUAAAUAAUAUAAAGUUAUCUAAUUUAACUUAAUCUAGUAUUAUUUUAUUUUGAAAUUUAAAAUAUUUAAUAUAGAUAUCCGAAAAGUAUUUAGAAUCUUUUUAUUUAGGAUCUUAAUUAGUUAUAAAAAUGACAAGAUGUUUUGUCCGCAGAUAUGAAUAUAAUAAUUUCACAAAUAUAUAUUAUUACAUACAUUAUUAAUUAAAUUAUAUUACUUCCAUUUAUGACAGAAAAAAAUCAGCAAAAAAUGUUUAUAGAAACUUUAGAACCAAAAAAUUAUCACAAAUGAAUAUUUCUCAUAGUUCUAUUGUACUUAACCAUAACAAGUUUAUGAGAACAUUGAAGCACUUGAGCUGACUAACAUAGGCUUUAUUAACUCUUAACAAAAUGCUAUAUAGAUUAUGAAAUUCGCUAUAUAAUCUAACAUCAAACUUAUCCAUCAAACUUAUCCUUUCACUUAAACCCUUUAUCAAAAAAAAAAACUUAUCUUUUCACUUGGAUUCUAGAAAACUCACCUUCAAGCUGGAUUGUAGUGAUCCGACUAAACUAAACUGAAAAAUAAUCGUUAACUGGAAUGGUUUUUUUUGUGAGAAUUAACAUGAAUAGUAUCUUUUAACAUUAUAUUAUAUAAAUAGAGGAAUAUUUAAUUAAAACUGAAAAACUUAUAAUGGAUACUAAAAAUUGCUCACACCAUAUGAAACUAAAUAAUAAUUAUUAAGCAUCAAGAAAAUAAAAAGUAGAAAGUCUUAGAGAUAGGACCUAAAGGAAAUUUUUUUUAUGUGAAUGAUCUAUCAAACUAAGAUGAAAAGAGAAAGUAGAAAAAAAAUUAAUGGAUACAAAAAUUUGCUCAUACCAUAUGAACUAUAACUCACUGUUGCAUAACACCUUCUUCACUUUUUUGAAAAUAAAGUAAUGUAACUACGGGGGUUAUUGAUAGACAAAUUCUAGAUGAGUUAUAGAAUUUUGAGAUUCCAUGAUUAUUGGUUUAUGAAUUUUUAAUUUUUUAUUAAAAUUCAUUGUUAUUGGUUUGAGAAUUUUUAAAUUCCAUUCAAACCUUUUGUUAUUCAAAAAGUUUAAGUUUUAUUGAUUUUGUAAUUUUAUUAAAUCCUAUUGUUAUUGGGAUGUAAAUUCUCUAUAUUUUAACUCAUAAGACUAGAUUUUGAAAAUAUCAUGUUUACCCACAAGAUUUGUAAAAUCCAAGUAAUAAAAACAUACACACAUACAAACACAUAUUCGACUCAUUUCUUCUCAUCUUUCAUUCAUACAUCAAUGAUGACACUGUAUAUAAAUUUUGAGAAUUUUUUUUUUAUUAUGAAUCUGUUUUCCUUUGUCUACUUUUGUUAGUUAUUAAUGUGUUUCUUGAUUAUGCAACCUAAAAGAAGAAGAUGCUGGUAAUGUUCUUGUUUUCUUUGUUGUAAAAUCCAAAGAUUCGAAAGUCAGAAGAUAAAAACGUAAUUUGAGAUGGUCUACUCCUUAAGCAAAAUAAAUAAAUAAAUCUACUGUUUGGAAAUUUGGUAUCCCGGCGUUUAUAGUAUCUUAAUCAGUUGAGUUUUAUACUAACAUUACUCCUAAAGAACCAUCGGAAAGAUAUUGAUUAAAACUAUUGUAUGUCACUAUAUAUUUGUUAUUAAAGAAAGGUAGCAAUGUGUUAUAUAUAUAUAUAUAUAUACACACAUAUACAUCAAACAAUUUUGGAAAAGUUAUAAAAAACUUGUAUAUAUUACCUUUGAAGGAAUUUGUUUUGAGAAAGAUAUAUAUAAAAAUCUUUGAUAGUCAAUAACAAUCAAUGAGAGCCAAUACAAAAUAUUUGAUAAAGUUGAUACAAUAUUUGUUAAAUGUACAUGGUUUUUAAACAUCUAUCAACUUUAAAAAUGAUCAAACUCCACAUAAAUUUUGGUUCCAAUAAAUCUUGUUUUUUGAGUCAAAAUGUUAAUAAUUAAUGUUAAUAAUUCAACUUCCAAUAAUACUUACUUUAAUUGAUUUGUAGAAUCAUUAAAAUCUAAAACUUUUGAAUAACAAUUGAUUUUGUAUAGAAUUAUAGAAUCAUCAAACCAAUAACAUUAGAUUUUAAUGAGAAUGUGAGAAUCUAUAAACCAAUAACACUAGACUUGAAAAUUUUUAGACUUAUUAUAAAUCUAAUUCCCACUAACACCCCCUAAGAAGACCUAAACAAAACUCAAAGCCUAUAUGAAAAUUUCAUGAAAUGCAACCUAAGACUUUAAAAUUGAUAAUAUGAAGAAAAUGAACGCAAACUGUUAUAAUAGUUGGACUAUUCAAUAAAUAACAUAAACAAAAUUAUAAGUUAUGGUUUAUUAGAGUUUGUGAAAAUAUAGAUAAUUUCUAGUCUACUUUAAUACUUUAAAAAAUAGAAAGACUUUAUUACAAAAAUGAGUUUUAUUCUAAUGUAUAUUCAUAUAUUAGAAUUUUUAUAUAUUUUAAAAAAUAUAGAAAAUGUUAUUUUGUCUUUAAAUAUACCAAAUAGCAUUUUAUAUGUUCUUUCAAAUUACAGAAACUUUAUAUAAUAACAUAAUUGCAAAAACCCAUAUUUAAAAUAAAUAUUCUUAAUAAAAAUAUGGAAAAUAUAAAGCUGGACUCGAAAUACUCUAAAAGGACUUGAAUUAGCACAUACUUAUGGCACAUCACUCCCUCAAAAAUCUAUUCCAUGUUGGUAAAAUACAAAUGUACAUCUUUCUGAGGUUUAAGGUUUUGUAAAAGCAAUUUGCUCGUUGCUUUAUUGAGUAAAGAGAUCUAUGGUUCAUGGUGAUAACCAGAGGCGUGCUUCAUGUGUUAUCAAAAAGGUCUUUGCCUCAGGCCCCCAAAAUAUAUAGACAUUUUAGGGCCCCAAAUUUUCAAUAAUCUUGUGUAGCAUAGUGGUCUUAUUAAACACAUUAUCUUGUCAACUGAAGUUCGAACUCCACAGUUGCUCUUCUUUUCUUUUAUCAGAAAAAAUAUUUUGUUAUCCUAGGCGUUAUCCUACGUGAUCUAUAUGUAUUUAGUUUCUUUUUAUUUAAUCAUUACCAUCUCUUCUUGUAUUCGGAUAUAUGUUUCUUCCUGUAUAUACCUCGUCAUUAAUUUAUUUUUUUCUAGUACUUUUAGUUUUUUUGUCUUUAUUAAGUUAACAUCUCAUACUAAUUUAUACUAUCGUAGAGUUAUUUAUUUAUUAUAGAACUAAUUAUAAAUCAUAAGACUCACUAGUUCUUUUAAGUGAUUAAUUUUUCUUAAUCUUUACUAAUUUAAAUCAUACUACUGUUAGUUUUUCGUUAACUAUACAUUAUAUUUUUAUCAAAAAAAAAUUUUGACUAAAAGGCCCCAUUUUUACUUUUGCUUCAAGCUCCGGUAGACCUUCGCACGGCACUGGUGAUAACCUGGUGACAUUAAAUGAUGAUCAACUUUUCAAUAUUAAUAUCCAAAAAGUAAACCAAAGAAAAAGUCAGAAAAGUCAGAGUGGUUACUAUCAGCGUUACCAAUUCCGUUUUGUUGUUUAUCAUUUACUUAGGAAAAAGAAUGUUGGUAGCGUUUCCGGUUUAAUCCAACUCAAUUUCAAUCGGUUUAAUCAACUAAUAAACCAUUUUAGACUCAAUCAAACAUUUCGAGCUCUUAGCUCAGAAACACACCGCUUCCUCUUCUCUCAUUCUUACCCGAUGGGUGGAAACAACAGGCAGAGAUGGUUCUCCUUCCACCAACGCUCCGCCUCCGCCACCGCCACAACCGUGCCGCAACACAAACACGACGAGACUCCCCCGGAGUUCCUCUGCCCCAUCACCGGGUUCCUCAUGUCGGACCCCGUCGUCGUCCCCUCCGGCCAAACCUUCGAGCGCCUCUCCGUCCAAAUCUGCCGCAACUUAGGCUUCGUCCCGGAUCUCCUCGACGGGACCCGACCCGACUUCUCCGCCGUCAUCCCCAACUUAGCCAUGAAAUCCACCAUCUUCAGCUGGUGCGACCGCAAAAAAAUCGACCACCCUCGCCCUCCCGACGCUGCCUACGUGGAAAACGUGGUCCGCGCCCGGAUGGAUAAAGAUCCGGACCCGGAUCCAAACCCGGGUCAAGAAUCUCUGGAGCGUGAGAUUCUCCCUCCUGUUGCUGAGAACUCUCCUUCGGAUUACGAUGCCGUGAUGGAACUGAUUCGAGCUCGAUCCAAGAAACCAGCUUCUCCGACAGCAUCGUCAGUUGAGUCUGUCACGAUCCGACAAACCCCGUUUUUUCCGACAAGAGCCGUUACGAUGUUCUCUUCCUCCUCAACUACUUCUUCCUCGUCAGGAACUCACGCUGGAUUCGAUAGUAGCAGUCCUAUCUCCGAUUACUCUUCGCCGCCGUCGCCGCCGAUGUCGCCGGAUGAGGAAGAGAUCUACAACAAGCUCCGAGGCGCCGACAUUUUCGACCACGAGCAAGGUCUGAUCCUCCUCAGGAAGAUGACGAGGUCCAGCGAGGAGCUCCGCGUCUCGCUAUGCACCGACAGGAUCCUCUCUUUCCUCCGACAGCUUCUCGUCUCGCGGUACAAUCUCGUUCAGACAAACGCCGCGGCUUCUCUGGUUAACCUCUCCUUAGAGAAACAGAACAAAGUGAAGAUCGUGAGGUCAGGGUUCGUUCCUUUGUUGAUCGACGUGUUGAAGUCUGGAACCACGGAGGCGCAGGAGCAUGUGGCCGGAGCUUUGUUUAGUUUAGCGCUUGAGGAUGAGAAUAAAAUGGUGAUCGGAGUUUUAGGCGCGGUGGAGCCGUUGCUCCACGCGCUUCGUGCGUCCGAGAGCGAAAGAGCGCGUCAAGACGCGGCUCUUGCGCUCUACCACUUGUCUCUGAUCCCGAGUAAUAGGACUAGGUUGGUUAGAGCAGGUGCGGUGGCGACUCUGCUGACGAUGGCUAGGUCUGGUGAGUCCACGAGCCGGAUGCUAUUGGUGCUUUGUAACCUCGCGGCUUGUCCUGAUGGAAAAGGUGCGAUGUUGGAUGGAAACGCGGUGGCGAUUUUGGUGGGGAAGCUUAGGGAAGGAGGGGAAGAUGAGGCGGCGCGUGAGAAUUGCGUGGCGGUUUUGUUGACGCUUUGUCAGGGGAAUCUGAGGUUUAGGGGGUUGGCGAGUGAGGCGGGAGCUGAGGAGGUGUUGAAGGAGGUGGAAGAGAGUGGGAAUGGGCGUGUGAAGGAGAAGGCGGGGAAGAUACUGCAGGCGAUGAGAGGAGGAGGAGGGGAGAGUGAGUAUGGGGAGAACGCGGAGGCGCGUGAGUGGAACCGUAUGAUUGAAGCUACUGGUCUGAGUCGGACUCAGUUUCAGGGAGGGCAAAACGGGGGUUUCGCUUGUUCCUCUCAGUUCUAGUUUUUUUUAUUUUUUUAAUGUUUUCUUUUUACCAAUUUUUGGUAAAAUGUUUUCAUUUUGCUUUUUUUUUUGUUUGAUAUAAAUGGGUGUAUAUUAUUAUUAAUGUGAGUGGACUGUAAUAUGUGAUUAUUGUUUUUGUAAUAUUAAAUGACAAAAUUGAAAUGUCCAUUUGUUUGUAAAGAGAUGUCUAAUGUUUUGCAUUAUU